AUGUACUUUUUUACACCUCCACAAAAGAGAACACUGAAACCAGUAGUAGAUAGAGUACUACAACAACAACAACAACAGCAACAACAGCAACAACAACAAAGUUUACCAAAAUUUCAACCAUUUGAAGUUGAAACCUAUUCAUUAGAGGAUGAAAAAUAUCUUUAUAAUAUUUCAUAUUUUUCAAAAGAAGAGAUUAAAUUAUUAUAUGAUUUAUUUCAUAGAAUUAAUUUAGAUUUAGAUGGAUUUACAGAGAAUAUUAUUUAUCAAACAUUAUCAUUUUUAGUACAUAUACCUAGUGGAAUUGAGGAAUUAUCAUCAUUAUUCUAUAAUGAGGAUGUUAUAUAUAGAAAAGAAAUUAAUAGUUCUCAUCGUUCAAAUCAAUCAUUUAACCAUAGUAAUAGUACAACACCAUUAAAUACAACUAAUAAUAAUAUUAAAAAACCAACAACUACAACAACUACAAAUAGUAAUAAUAUAAAUAAUAAUGGUAAUGUUAAUGGUAAUAAUACAACCAAUUUAGAUGAUAUUUUAAAUAAUCAUAAUGAUAAUUAUUCAAGUGAUAAUUCAUAUUUACAUAAUAUAUAUGAUGAUAUUUAUGAAGAUGAAGAUGACGAAGAUGAUGAAGAUGAUGAUGAUGAUGAGGAUGAAGAUGAUGAAGGUAAAGAAUUUGAACAAGAUGAUGAAGAUGAAUCGACAAUAUCAUCAAUGUCAUUAAAAAAUUCUCAAGCAAAACGUUUAUCAAAAAAAAUGAAUUCGAUUGAUUUGAAUGUGGAUGAAAUAUCAUCGACACAUAAUCAGAAUCAUCAGAAUCAUCAGAAUCAUCAGAAUCAUCAUCAUCAUACUACUACACAUAUGAUUGAAAAGAAAAUUACAACAACAAUUAAUAAAAUUAAACAAAAGAUAUCAAAUGAAUCAUCAGGAUUAUUAUGUGAAGUUGUUGGUGCUGGUGGUGCAGGUACUGAAGGUGCUUCAUCAUCAACAACAACUACAACAACCCUAUCAAAUGAUUUACAAACUAAUGAAUCAAUUAAAUUUGUUGAAGAUGAAAAACAACAAUUAAAACAACAAUUAAGAAAACAACUUUUAAAAGAUGGAAAUCAUAAUAGUUUAAAUAAUAUACUUUAUGAUUAUAAACAUCCAAAUGAUAUUAAUACACCAAUUGAAGAAUUAACUGCAGCAGCAACAACCACAACUACAACAACUUCAACAACCACAACAACAAAUGAUCAUCAAAAUUUAGAGAAAACAAUUAUAUCAAAUAAAACUAUAAAAAAACUUGAAGGAGUUGAAACAAUAAAAGAUACUGUAGAAUUAGAAAAACAACAACAAAAACAACAACAAACAUCAAAUGUAACAACAGCAAAAGUAAAAGAUACAAUAUUAUCAUCUUCACCUAAAACAACAACAACAGCCACAACAAAUAAUAAUAAUAAUAAUAAUAAUAAUAAUAAUAAUAAUAAUAAUAAUAAUAAUAAUAAUAAUAGUUAUAAAUAUAAUAGUUAUUUAGAAAGUAGUAAUAUUAGUAAUAUUAGUAAUGCAAGUUAUACAGAUAAACCAAUGGAUGAUGAAUAUUAUUAUGGUGAAUACGAUGAUGAAGAUGAUAGUAAACCACCAUCACAAGAAAAGAUUGAAUCUAUUAAUCUUUAUAGAUCACAAUUUUCAAUUAUUCGAGAUUGUAAUCUAUGGGGUGGUAAAACUUUAAAAGAAGAUGAAUUCGAUUAUAUUGAUAGUUCUUCUGAAAUACUUAAAUAUCGUAUGAUCAUAAAAUAUAUGGUAGAGAAUCUUUUUUCAUACAUUCGAAAGAGAUAUAAUCUAGAGGCAAAUAAGAAUCCAUCCAUCAUUCAUUUGAUUGAAAUCAUCUCAAUUAUGACUAGAGGUACAUUGAAAGAGAAAUCGGAAUUGGUCUUUAAAUUGGUUAGAAAGAAAUCAGAGGGAGUUGUAUAUAAAACAGAGUUAUUGGAGAUGAUUCAAGGCAUUGAUGCCCUAACCGUAUUGAAUGUAUUUGGUUUAGGCUCAAUUGGUACACCCGAUGAAGUGGUUAACAAUAUCUAUAGAGAGGGUUUAAGUACAGUCAAUUCAAUACAACGUACACCAUCAUUCCCAAGAUCGGAUUCAUUCUAUCAGAAAUCAAUGUCAUCGGAACAACCCUUCUUUAAGGAUACAUCAUUGGAGAUGAAAGAGUUUAUAAAGAGGUCCGUUUCAAACUCUGAUAUACCGAGAUGUUUUGGUUUCUUUGAUUUGAUUUAUCUAUGUUAUAUAAAACCCAUUGAAGAUUAUUUAAAAUCGAGUAUAAAGUAUAAACAAGCUUCAGGUUAUCUUUACUAUGAAAAGUAUUUAGGUAUCAUUAAAGCAUACUCAUUACGUUGGUUCGAAGUUAGAUCUGGUUUUUUAAUUGGUUAUAAAAGAUUGUUUUCAAAGCCUUCCAAAGUGAUUUGUCUCUUUAAAACCAAUGUUAAAAUCAUACCAAAGGAACAUCCUAAACAUCAUAUGAAAUUGAAAUCACUAUUUAAGGGUUCACUAAGUAAACAAAUCGAUGGUAAUAAGGAAGCAACCGAUUUCGUCCUAAGAAGAUUCGAUGAUACCGAGCAAACAUUUAUUUCAUUAAGUUCUCAUAGAGCUUCGAAUUUUGUUAAUGCAAUUAGAGAGAAUAGUAAAGGUUCCUAUAGGUAUCAUUCAUUCGCUUCACCACAGGAGGAUAUUAACGUUGUUCCUUACAUCAAUGGUAGCACUUACUUUAAAGGUGUCUACAAGGCAUUGAAACAUGCAACCAGUGAAAUCUAUAUAGCAGGUUGGUGGAUCUCUCCAAAUGUUUCAUUAAAUCGUACUGCAACGAGUAAAACACCCGAUAAAUAUCGUUUGGAUAGUGUAUUGAUGAAGAAAGCAAGUGAAGGUGUGAAAAUCUAUAUUCUAAUUUGGGAUGAAACUAUGAUUGCAAUGGAUUUGGGUAGUAGAGGUGUAAAGAGUUUCUUUGAGAAAAUGCAUCGUCGUAAUAUUAAAGUGAUCAGACAUCCACAUAUGUUACCACUCUAUUGGUCACAUCAUCAAAAGGUUGUGGUUGUCGAUCAACGUAUUGCUUUCAUUGGUGGUUUAGAUCUUUGUUUUGGUCGUUACGAUAAUGAAUACUAUUUCGUUAAAGAUAAUUUAGAAAUUAAUUUCCCUGGUGCUGAUUAUAUCAAUAGUUGUAUUGCUAAACCUGUAAAUAAUUUGAAAGAUUGUUUAGUCGAUAGAAAUACUCAACCUAGAAUGCCUUGGCAUGACGUUUCAAUCUCUUUAGAUGGUAAAGCUGCUCGUGAUGUCACUUAUAAUUUCAUUCAACGUUGGAAUCAUGCUAAAGAUUCAAAUCGUGAUUAUAAAAGUUAUCCAUAUCUUAUAACUUCUUUAGAAACACCUUUAAAUAUACCACAUCCACAACCACCAACUCAAUUUUUACAUCCAAAUACAAAUAUUAAUAAUAAUAAUAAUAAUGCUAAUAAUAAUACCAAUAAUAUUAAUAAUAAUAAUAAUAAUAAUAAUAUAAAUAAUUUAAAUUCAAGCACGAAUACUACAAAUAAUACAAAUAAUACUACCACUACUACAAAUAAUAACAAUUUAAAUACAAGUACAAAUAUGUUACCAAUUAAUAAUAAUAAUAAUAAUUUAAAUACAAGCACAAAUAUAUUACCAAAUAAUAAUAAUAAUAAUAAUAAUAAUAAUAAUAAUAAUAAUAAUAAUAAUAAUAAUAAUAAUAAUAAUAAUAAUAAUAUUAAUAAUAAUAAUACUACUUCUACCACUACCACUACAACAACUAAUAAUAAUUUAAAUUCAAGUUCAAAUAAUUUAAAUUUUAAUAUUAGUGGUGAAAUUCAUAAUAAUAGUUUACCACAUCAAUUAAAUAAUCAACAACAACAACAACAUCAUCAUCAUCAUCAUCAUCAUUAUCAACCACCAUUACCACCACAACAAAGAGGUACAUGUAAAGUUCAAAUAGUUAGAUCAGUUUGUGGUUGGUCAGCAGGACAAGUAUUAGAGAAUUCAAUCUAUAAGGCAUAUUUAAAUUUAAUAAAUUUAUCACAACAUUUCAUAUAUAUACAAAACCAAUUUUUCAUAUCAUCAGUUGGAUUCACUCAACCAAAUAAUCAGAUUGCAUUUGCAAUCUAUAAGAGAAUUGAAAAGGCAGUAUUAUUGAAUCAAGUGUUUAGAGUGAUUCUAUUGUUACCAGUACAUUGUGAAGGUGAUAUCUAUGAUGUUGACACCCAAUUAAUUAUAAAGUAUACAGAGAAAUCAAUCACAGGUAUAAAGACGGAACUUUUGAAAAAGUUUCCAGAGAUGGACAUCGAUCAAUACCUAUCGAUCAAUUCCCUCAGAAAUUGGGAUGCCAAUGGUGAUAUCAUCUUCACCGAACAAAUCUAUGUUCAUAGUAAAGUUUUAAUAGUGGAUGAUAAAAUCGCAAUCAUUGGUAGUGCCAAUAUCAAUGAUCGAAGUUUAAAUGGUUCAAGAGAUAGUGAAAUUUGUGCAAUCAUUGAAGAUCGUGAUUUAGUCGAUAGUAGAGUGAAUGGAUUACCCUACAAAGCUGCUAAAUUUGCUCAUAAUCUAAGAUGUAAUCUUUGGGAGUAUCAUUUGGGUCUCAUAUCGAACCCUGAUCCUCUCCUAUCCGAUCGUAUCAAAGAUUUAGUCAUCGAUAGUACCUAUCAUGAUAUUUGGAGAAAUAUGGCUCAAAGAAAUUCUGCUAUCUAUAAAGAAAUAUUUGGUACCACUAUCCCCGAGAAUUGUACUAAAACCUCUCAAUAUAAUCGUGGUUCUAUCAAAUUAACAAGUGAAGCUUUAGAAACUUUAUGUGGAAUCAAUGGUUUCUUAAUUGAAUAUAAUACUUCAAUGUUAUCUGAACUUGAAACCCCAACUUCAAUUUAUUCUGAUAUUAUUACCUCAAUGAAACUAUUCCUUUAA